GGCUGGCGCCCGGGAGGUGCUGAAGGGACAGUUCCCGCCGCCGAACUUGCCCGGCCGAGCGCGGGUGGGGCGGCCCGGAGCCGGUGGGGCACGUGAGCCAUGGAGACCAUCUGGAUUUACCAGUUCCGCCUCAUCGUGAUCGGGGACUCCACCGUGGGCAAGUCGUGCCUCUUGCACCGCUUCACCCAGGGCCGCUUCCCCGGGCUGCGCUCCCCUGCCUGCGACCCCACGGUCGGCGUGGACUUCUUCUCCCGCCUGCUGGAGAUCGAGCCGGGCAAAAGGAUAAAGCUGCAGCUCUGGGACACGGCGGGACAGGAGCGGUUCAGAUCAAUAACUCGAUCCUAUUACCGCAACUCAGUUGGUGGAUUUUUAGUAUUUGACAUUACUAACCGACGAUCUUUUGAACAUGUAAAAGAUUGGCUAGAAGAAGCAAAAAUGCACGUACAGCCAUUUCAGRUUGUAUUUCUACUGGUGGGACAUAAGUGUGAUUUAGCUUCACAACGUCAAGUGACAAGGGAAGAAGCYGAAAAACUGUCRGCAGACUGUGGAAUGAAGUAUAUAGAAACCUCAGCAAAAGAUGCUACAAAUGUAGAGGAAUCCUUCACAAUCUUGACAAGAGACAUAUAUGAACUUAUUAAAAAGGGAGAAAUUUGUAUUCAGGAUGGCUGGGAAGGAGUUAAAAGUGGUUUUGUUCCAAAUACUGUGCAUUCUUCCGAGGAAGCAGUAAAGCCCAGGAAGGAGUGCUUUUGCUGACUUCAAACAUGCCAAAGAACMAGAACAAAUUGGAUGUCGCUUCAGGAUAAAUAUCAACAUUAAUGGCAGAAGGAUGCAAUGAUAGCAUUUUAAAAAGUUAGGCCUAUACUAACACUAUUUUGUAAGCUAUUUGAUUCAGAGCACUAUGCUUGUUACACUACAAGAUUGGGUAUUUUGCUAAAUUAUCAGGCGAGGCAGACAACUUUUUGAAACUGGAGUAUCUACAUAAUUUCCUCCAUUCUUACUUCUUACCUUGUUAGCAUAUAGCUGACCUUAGUGUCCAGAUAUGUCAGUAUUAUGCACUUUUCUUGACAGUCCAAAAUGGAUUUUUUUGUCUGAUUGAAGAUUUUAUUAGGAGUUAUAUUACCUUGAGUUAAUUAAUAUUGAAUAUUAAAGUGCAUUUAAAAGUAUGCUGUUCAAUUGCAAAGUAAACAGUCUCAGAAGUAU